AUGAUAUUUCUGGCAAAUCAAGGUUCGGCUGUAUUUCUGUUCGGAGACAGCUUUGACUAUGGCAAUGAAGAUGAUCUGGUUCUAUUUGGUCAAGCUGAAGAGGAUCAAGCUACACUCUUGAAGAAAGUGCUGGAUAGUUUUUGUGCUUAUUCAGGGCACAAGAUUAAUGCGCACAAAACAAAUGUUUGCUUUCUAGAAGGAGUGAGUGAUGUGUUAGGUAGUAACUUGUGUUGUAUUAUUGGUUUUCGAAAAGUGAAUAAUAUUGGAAGUUAUUUGGGAGUUCCCCUUUUCCAUGAAAAAGUUACCAACAAUUCUUUAUGCUUUGUGGUGGACAAGUCUAUGUUAAUUUCCAAGGGACUUUGCGAGGAAAUUGAAUGUAUGGUGCAUCAGUUUUUUUGGGGAUCGUCAACCAAUGGUAGGAAAGUGGCUUUGGUUGAUUGGAAGGAUGUACAGGUUUUACGAGCUAAGUAUGGUGUGGCUAUUGGUAUACCAGAAAAUCUAUCUUGUAGUAAAAUCUCUUUCAUGUGGAGAGCACUUACUAAGGUUUGGCCUCUCAUACAGGAAAACUUGAUUUGGUUAAUGGGGGAUGGGAAAAAUACUAGGUGUUGGCGUGACCCCUGGAUUCCCAAUGUAGGACCCCUUGUUAAUCUAAUUCCUAGACACUCUAGUCUUGAUUUGGAUUAUUCACUUAGUGAUAUGGUUUCAGUGAAUGGUACUUGGAAUCUUGACUUAUUUCGAAUUUGGGUACCCAAGACAGUCAUACAAAAGAUUAUGGGAAUACCCCCACUACAUCUAAAAGCAGGCGUUGACAGGAUAAUUUGGGGAGGUUCGAAGGCGGGUUCUUUUUCUGUUAAAAACGCCUAUGGGAAAAUUAAGGAAAGAUCAUGGAAACUAAAGGAAGAUGCAUGA